AAAAACAAAAAGAAGUUAGGCAAAACAUUAUACUCCAUAAACUACUUGAAUAGCAGAUAACGCUUUCAUAAGCCUGGAACGAGAGUUCGAGAGGCGAGACUCAUUUGCUAUGCAGCGGCCAGCGAUUGUUCAUCUCUUUUGAUUCUCUUCCACUAAGUUCUUACUAUUUUGCAAUCAGAUGAGGAACAGAGCAGUCACUACACAAGCUACCAAAAAAGUUCAUUGAAUCGCUGCUUGCUUACUCCUGCCUUCAAAAAUCAAAAUCAAAGGGGAAAACUCCAGGUUGCUUGCUCCCUUGCUUCAGUCUGAGCCUUGGCACUUUGGCAGGGGUUGAUCCAUGGCACUUUCCAGUUCUCCAGACUGGUGGUCUGUGGCAUCACUGGCAUGGAUUCCUUGCAACUCCUCAAAGGAAAUCAGCACCAGCAGAAGAACUCCAUUGUGCUCUCUCCCCCGCUUCAACUCCCGAGAUCUCAACCUCAUUGCAGCAAGAUCCUCCACUUGUCCAUCCCCGCUUUUUGAAGACAAUAAUGCAUUAUCAUCCGCCUCCAAGUCCCAACCCACAAUAAUGGAUCUCACUCUCUCCGAAUACCAGCCUGAAGAUCUGAACAACAUUAUCUUUAGAUUGAUAAAAAACCCUCAGACUGCUGAAAGUGGGAGUGAUUUUUAUGCGAAAGCCAAGGGAAAUCCCGGGUUUAUCCCUGAAAAAUCAACCCUCACUCUUCUUACUAGGUACUUCAUGAGAUUGAGAAAAUGGAGCUCAAUCUUUUCAUUGGCUCAAGAUUUUCGGGCAUUCAAUGUAAUCCCUGAUAGUGGCACAUUUUGUAGACUGAUUAGUAGCUGUGCUAGAGCUAGGAAGUUCAAAAUUGUAAAUACUUUGCUUGAAUCUGCCUUUUUUCUCCAAGAGACACCUCUUGCCUUUGAACAUGCCAUGAGAGGCUACAACAAACUCCAUAUGUACAGUACCACUAUUCUGUUGUAUCAAAGGAUGAAAAGUAGUGGGCUUGUUCUGGAGCCUGGGUGCUAUUGCACCACCAUGGAGGCAUAUCACAAUAUGGGACAGUAUGAAGAAGUUGUUUCGCUCUUCCAAGAGUUUAAACAUGGAAGAAGACUGGAGUCCACACAAUAUAAUUCAAAGAUUUACCUUUGUUUAUGCAAUUCUCUGGGCAAAAUGGGGCGCACUUCCGAAUCCCUCGACCACUUCAGGGAAAUGACAAGCAAAGGAGUUCCAGAGGAUCAUAAGUUUUACUCAUCCCUAAUAUCCGCUUUCGCGACAUCCAGAGAAGUAGAAAUGGCAGAGGAGCUUUUAGAAGAAGCAGUGAGAAAGAAAAUGCUGAGUAGUGAUCCCUCUCUGUUUAUGAAACUUGUGUUGAUGUACAUUGACAAGGAGGGAAUGCUAGAAAAGGCCCUGUCUGUCAUUUCGUUGAUGAAACGGUUAAACGUUCGGGUUUCCGAUUGCAUUUCUUGCGCCAUUGUGAAUGCUUUCUCGAGAAAAUUAGGGCCUGAGGAAGCCGUGAGGGUCUUUGAAGAAGAGCUUCAAUUUGAGGGGUGUGAGCCUGGCCAGGUGACCUAUGCUUUGAUUUUAAACAUUUACUGCCGAAUCAAAUUAUAUUCAAAGGCAGAAGCGGCUUUUGCAGAUAUGGAGCAAAAGGGGUUUGUUAAUUGUAGUGUUUCAUACUCUACCAUGAUCAAUAUGUAUGGGAAAACUGGAAGGCAUAGAGAAGCAAUGAUGAUUUUGGCUAAGAUGAAAAAGAGAGGAUGCAAGCCCAACGUGUGGAUAUACAAUUCUCUCUUGGACAUACACAGGAAUCCAUUGAACUUGAGGCAAGUGGAGAAGACAUGGAAAGAGAUGGAGAGGCGUGGAGUUUUGCCCGACAGAGUUAGUUACACAAGCAUAAUAAGUGCAUAUCACAAGGCCAAGGAGUACCAGAGAUGCGUGGAAUACUACAAUGACUUUAGGAAGCUAAAGAACGGUGAUGGGAAGAUUGAUAGGGCAAUGGGUGGGCUAAUGGUUGGGGUUUUUUCAAAGAUGAAUAGAGGUGAGGAGUUGGUUAAAGUGUUGCAGGAGAUGAAGAAGGCUGAGGCUGAGUUAGAUGAGAGGCUCUACUGGUCGGCUUUAAAUGCUCUCAGAGAUGCCGGGCUGGAAAUUCAUGCCAAAUGGUUGCAAGAUAGCUUUGCUAUAAUAUGAUCAAUACAUCUCAGGUCUCGACAUACAUCAAAUGUGCUUGGAUCUAUAUAAGUUUGUGAUAUGCAACGUUUUCGGGGUGACAUUUUCAUCAAAUAUAACGGUUGACAAAUCAGUUCGGUUUAACCUUUGUGAUAUGCGAUGAAGAAGAAAAUAUGAAAAAGUCACUUAAAAUUGUCUUCUACAAGGGAGUCCGUAAUAAUUUGUAGUGAGUGCACUUAUUAAAUUUCUAAUAUGUAUUUUUAUUUGAUUAUGACAUCACCAACUCAUGUGUUGACUUAAACUUUAAUUCUACAUGUAGAUUCAUGAAUGUAUAUUUUACUUAUUUACAUUUACAAUAGAGUCAAUUCCCU